AAAAUUCAUACGCAAAAUUUAUGCAGUAGCUCCUUUCAAGAUAUGAUUUAGAUGAUAGGAACUAUAUAUUAUAUCUUUUAUGAUUUUAUAUAUCAUUUAUUUAUUCAAUCUUUGGCAUUGAUCGUGUUAAAAUUAUUACUUUUAAGAGAAAAGUAACAAGUCUUUAAUAUGAACUAUAUUCUUCCGCCAAAUUUUUUGAACGAAAUUUUGAAGCGGGAAACAACAAGUGACGCCAUUUUGGACGCAAUUUAUCGUCUGGAACGCCGUGCCGAAGUUAGAGGGAAAAUGUGAACAUGCGGCGGUAGCCUGCAUACGUUUCAUCAACAGACUGUACUUGCAAAUUAAACUGAUUGAGUUAGAUUUAGUGAAGAUAUCCUGUAAAUAGCAACAUGUUUUAUGCUCACUUUGUCCUGAGUAAAAAGGGUCCCUUGGCUCGAAUUUGGUUGGCUGCACAUUGGGAUAAGAAAUUAACCAAAGCCCAUGUGUUUGAAACCAACAUAGACAGCAGUGUUGAGGCAAUUAUGCAGCCAAAGGUCAAAUUAGCACUGAGGACCUCUGGUCACUUAUUGCUAGGAGUGGUAAGAAUUUAUUCUCGUAAGGCCAAAUACUUGUUGGCAGACUGCAAUGAGGCAUUUGUGAAGAUUAAGAUGGCCUUCCGUCCUGGAGUGGUGGACUUGCCAGAGGAGAACCGAGAGGCUGCCGUAGCAGCCAUUACACUACAGGAAAACUUCCACGACUUUGACACUACUCUAGCUGAUCUCAAUGACCUGGAUAUGCAUGCACAGUUUUCUGUGAACCAGAGUCGCCCAGAAGACAUCACAAUGAGAGAAGAUCUCUCCAGUAUUGCUUUUGUGGGAGAUGAUGGAUUUGGAGAUGUUGGGUUUGAUGACAGAGAAAUUUUGAGAGAUGCCUCUGGAAUUGAUGAUUCCUUGUACACCAAUCGCAGCAGCAUACGACCGGUUGAACCCGAUGAGAAAACGUUAAAUGAACACACCUCUGAGAAGCCGAUGGAUGUGGAUUUAAAUCCCACUGUAGAAAAUGACGACUUUGGAGGGGCUGUUGAUGGUGGAUUCAUGGAUGACGACCAUGAACAUGAUGAUGAUGAUGAUGAUGAUGGGGGAUUUGGAGGUGGAGUCGAUCAAGAAUUCUUUGGCAAUGACUUUAUGAAUGGUGGAGGCCUGUUUGAGGAUGCUCCUUUACCGGUAGGGGAGGUUUCCAUGCCAGCUCCAGUAGAAGCACAAAAGCCAGAUGAACCAAAGGAUACUCAGAACAAUGAAACAACCAACACAACAUCGGCAACAGAACCUACCAUGAUUCACAAUGCCCCAGGGACAUCGGGAGAGCAAACAACACUCAUCAAUAAUGAAGAGGAAGCAUUUGCAUUACCUCCCUUGGAUGCCACACUGUUUCCUGGCGCAGAGAAAAAGAAGAGGAAGAGGAAACUGAUCGUUGAUGAACAGAAAGGGUUUCCCAGUGAAACGAUGAAGCUUCAGCUAUCGGAUACCUCCGACAUAAUCACCACUCUGGAUCUCGCACCACCCACUAAAAAACUUAUGCACUGGAAGGAAACUGGUGGUGUGGAAAAACUGUUUGCUCUCCCCGGAAGGGCUAUUAUUUCUAAAACUGCCUCAAAGCUGUUCUCGAGGAAUCUGAAAACACAACAAGUAAAGGAAGAGGAGGAAUCUGACCAAGAUAAGCUAGAUCUGGAGGCCACUGAGCUCCUGAGAGAGGAACAGGAGAGAUCAUCUGCAGCACCUAUUCAGGAAGUCAGUACAAUCCUUGAGGAACCAUCUGUCUUGGAGGAGUCCACAUCCACACGGACAAAACGCAAAGAGAGGCAGUCCCUGAAGUCUCCUAAGCCAGUCCCCACACCAUCACAGGAACCAGACUUGUUAAUGAAUAACACCAACCCUCAGUUCUCCAACACCUUCACAGAGGCACCUAUAGACUUACCAGGGGGACCACCUUCAUUACUGAAUCCACAUUUAGAUCCCUACGAGACAGAACCCCCAUCUAUUGCUCCUUUCUCAGUACCUCCCCCCAGUGUUCCACCACCAUCUGUUCCUCCUCCAUCGGUAUUGCCACAGGAUGCACCAUCCUUCCAUGCAGAAGCAGAGGGUGACAAUGAUGCCAUGCCUGAAAAUGAGGAACAAGAAGAGAAAAGAUGGACGAAGCGGACACAGUUGAUGCAGCACUCUCUGGAUGUUGCAUUUAGAUACAAGAACACUCUCAGCUUUAAGGAAAUGUCUAGGAACUUACAUAGAAAACAGGCAUGCUCAAAAUUUUACACACUGUUAGUUCUGAAGAAAUACCAGGCCAUUGAGGUACACCAGCCGGAGGAGUUUGGGGACAUAUACAUAGACAAAGGCCCUAGGUUUGGACUGAUUUGCUGAGUCCAGUGAAUUCCCACUAUAGUGGUACUACAACAGUUUAUGUUAUUGUGUAUGUUGUAUGAUUGAUUGGGAGUACGUCCUUUACAAGUAUGUACUAAAGCAAUAUAAGUAUGUACUACAGUGGCACAACAGUGUCAUUACAGCUAAAACCAUCUUGUCAAUGUGAAUUUUUUUCCCUUCAUUUUUCUACAGUUAUUUGAAUUUUUGUAUAAGCUUAAACCAACAUUGUGAUAUUUUUGAAACAUUUUUUAACUUCUGUAGUCUUUGUAAAUCAAUACCUUGUCAUCAAACCUUGUAUCAUUUGAGUUUUCUGAAAAUUUUAUCUAGGUGUGUUAUGUAGAAUAAUUUAAUGCAAUUUAACAGUUCAAAAAUCUCAUAUUACUAUUGAAGCUGUGUAUAGUAAAAUGUAAGUUGUAACUUUACAGAUUAUGUGCUAUUUUAUUUGAUAUCAUGCAUACAUUUUUAAACAUCUCCCCUAAAUUCUUCAAUGCUGGUGUCAUUUGUCAAUUUCAAUGCAUUUUGUAUUUCUGAUAAGUCAACAAAAUUCAUGCAAGUGUACAUUAGUGGUAUGCUGGGGAGAUCUGUUAGACAGCACCCCAUGCAAACAAUGGCAGCUUUACCUUGUUAAAACUAUCCUUGAUCGUUUUAUGUCCAUUUUAAUUGGCUACUGUAUUUUACUUCACAUCCCUAUUAUCUCCUGUAAAUUUUAGAAAAAAUGGCAGAUAUCGGUGUUAACUUUUAAUUCAUAGAUUGCAUAAGAAUAUAGUAUUGUGCAAUAAAUACAUAAACAUGCA